AUGCUCAAUUUCCAAGCUGAAUUUGUACGUGUGCAAGCAGAGCGUGAUAGAGAACGUGAUGCUAAACAAGCAGAGCGCGAUAGAGAACGUGAUGCUGAACAAGCAGAGCGUGACCAGAGAUUGGUAGCUGAAUUUGCAUGUAUGCAAGCAGAGCGCGAUAAAGAACGUGAUGCCAAACAAGCAGAGCGCGAUAGAGAACGUGAUGCUAAACAAGCAGAGCGUGACCGACGCCUGCAUGAGAGGGACUUGCAGUUGAUGCAAACUUUAGAAGUUAUGCAAAGUGAGAUUGUUAGUUUGAAACAAAAAUAUGAAACCAUACCCAAAACGGUGCAAGAAUUAAGCGAAAGAGUAGAUAGUGUUCAAGUGGCUAACGCCAAUAUCGUAGAGGAAAUCAGUGUCCUGACUAAUAGGGUCGAACAACUAGAAAUUGACACAACUCAAGUAAUUGAGAACAAAGUGAUCGAACAAGUGCACAAAGUAGAAAAUGAAGUCAUAAAAGAAAUAGAUCAGAAAGUGCACGCCGCAAUUGAGGCCAGAGAUGUGGGCUCAAGUGCGGAUGUGCAGGAUCUAAAAAAGAUAGUGCAAAAGGACAUUCCGCUGUGGCAGCAGAGUGUGGACCGUCGUCUUGCCGAGAUGGAGCUUAGCUUGCGGCAUGACGAGGCACGGGCGGUCGAACAACUAGAAAUUGACACAACUCAAGUAAUUGAGAACAAAGUGAUCGAACAAGUGCACAAAGUAGAAAAUGAAGUCAUAAAAGAAAUAGAUCAGAAAGUGCACGCCGCAAUUGAGGCCAGAGAUGUGGGCUCAAGUGCGGAUGUGCAGGAUCUAAAAAAGAUAGUGCAAAAGGACAUUCCGCUGUGGCAGCAGAGUGUGCACCGUCGUCUUGCCGAGAUGGAGCUUAGCUUGCGGCAUGACGAGGCACGGGCGUAUGUCACGCCAGCCAGGUCCAACAAUGAUAGGCAUAUAAAUACUGCAGUAAAAAAUUGCGACUGCGAGACAGAACAGGCAACCAAUAUGUUCCGCAGAGCCCUCGCCUUUUUCUGUCUCCCUUGUGGACGGGAGACAGAGACCGAAGAUCUUCGUGUCAUCGAGGUCUGCGAUGAGGACGCUGACCCUGUAGAGUUCAGCCCACAGGACUACAACGUGGUGCGACUGCAGCUCCGUUGGGCGCCAGGUCAAAAGGGAGGUGUUUCUCCGAGGACUCGCGAGCCGCAGAAGACGCUGAUGUCAGCUGAUGCUGCGUACGUCAGUGUUUAUGAGCGUCCUGGGCUACAGGACUCGCAGCAGGAGGGGCCUGAGACUGGAAAGGUGAGCGAUGCGACCACUACCUGGACGGUCGCCGUGGUGCCCUCCGGCCCAGACGGUGGAGCUUCCAGUGUAGAGGAGGCGCCACCUGCAGCUCGCCGCAGACGCGGCUCCCGCCGUUGCUGGGCGGAAAGACUGGGCCACAAAGUGAUGGUGCGGCCCCAGGGUCGCCGGGGCUACCGCCUCAGGUCACACAGAGUCUGA